CGUGCUGCAUUUCUUUACUUGAUUAGUGCUUCCAAAUCUCUGCUCCUUGUCUGCUUCCUUUUUGGAAUUUCAAUUUUGGCUUCGUCAUGUGCAGUGUUGAUUUUUUGGGUAAGCUCCUGAAUAAAACUAUCAAUGUCAUCCCCAGUCUGUAUCGUAGGGAGCGUAUAGUGUAUGUUGUUGAGAGCUUUGGCAAAUAUAUGCCAGUCGGUCCUAAAGGCUCUUGUGUCUGUUGUGGUAUACCCACUAAUGUCCAGAAUCAUCUUAACCGGGUUAUGAUCCGAUGAUAAUUCGUCCAGCACGGAAAUAUCCAGUGGGACACUGGUAUUUCCGAGCAGGAAGAAAUUGAGGAUCCCGGUGGACCUAGUGGUGUACCGUGUUGGGGUUUUCGGAGCUGCUAUGUGUAAUCCAGCCGAGUGGACUAAGUUGAAAAUUACACGUCCCGUGUCGUUUGAAUUGUAGCAGUUCCACGCGCGGUGUCGUGCAUUUAAGUCUCUACCUAGGAUAAUGUGUUUUCCAAGACUGAGUAAUAUUUGUGGUCCGCCAGGACUGCAGAUACAUGACGUCCCGGGGGAAUGUAAGUGGAGACAAGAAUGUAUGUUGUGGAAGUGCUUGUUGUGAGUGAGAUAGCAGAGGCCUCCACGACCGAAAGCUGCGGUAUUGUGACAGGAAUAUGUGGGAUGCAGCGUUUAAUCAGGAGUGCAGUUCCACCCCCUCUUGGGCGGGAAAUUGACGGAGAUCUGUUUGAACGGUGCACUAUGUAGUUUUGUACAUAAAUAGGUGUGGCUGGGCCAAGUUUGUGUUCUUGUAGGAACAUAACAUCAGGAGUGUACUCAUUAAUAAAGUCUCUUAGCUCAUGAAUUCUAUGAGAUAAUCCAUUUGCAUUCCAUGUAAUUAUAUUCAAAACAUUAUUCACAUUAUACAUUAUUUACAUUAGUGGCAGAUCCAAAGAUUUCUUCAAACAAUUCAAAUAAAAUAAACAAUUUAUCUACAGUGUUUGGGUUGCCUGUAGUUCAGGCAUUUUGUUUGAUAUUUUUCGUAAUACAUUAACAAAGGAUAUGCCAUUGAACAUAUUAACAAUAUCUUUUAUAAGUUUGGAUACUUCAAAUAGGCCAGAUAGGCCAACAUCGUUACGGUUACAUUGUUUAUUUAUUUUUUUAUCAUUAUUUACAAUUUUUUCACUCUUUUCACUAUUAACUGAUUCCACAGGAAUCUGGGGGGUUUUCCCACAAGUUAUAUUUGCAUAGGAAACUCCAGAUUUUACAAAACUGUCCUUAACAGGCUGAUUGCUAUUAUUGGUAGUCAUGAUUUUUUUGCUUUGUAAUCUGGCACCUUGGGCAAGUGCCACCACUGGGAUUUCUGCCCUGUGACACCCUGUCCGUAUAAUAAAUGUUAUAAUUCCCAAUUUUGGGAGUAUUCCCUUGGAUAAGAUGAGUCUCUUGGACUAAAAACACGUCAAUAUCGUGCUCUAAUACAAAAUCACGAACUUCGUGAAUUUUAGAUGUCAAUCCAUUGGCAUUCCACGUGCAAAUGGUCAGUUCUCUGGUGGUGUUUGAACUGUCAUUAAUAAAGUUGAAAUUUAGGCCGUUAUUAGAGGUUCAUCACUGAAAAGCAGAAGACAUGGGUCUAAAAAAGCCGAAUUAGGUUGAAAGCUCAACAUAGCUUUCAUAAAUAUAAAAUGCCCUCAUUAAAGCAUCUGCUCGCCUGAGAUUAGGCAUUGCUUUUUUGAAGGCAAGGAGCAGAAUAUGCUUGUCUACCGCUGGGUCGCGGGAGAUUUCGAUUAAGCAUUUUAGUGUAGAUGAGAAGACAUCGUCUGAAUCAUUGCUACACUCUGCUGUGGCUGACACUGCUGGGACUUCAGGGGCUUCUGCAACCGGCAGUCUUGGAUUCGUGGAUUUGAAUCAGUGCUCGGUGGUGUUCUUCACCAUCUGUGCAUAAGAUGGUGAACUGACGUUGCUCGGGGGAGCAGGCAUGGGACGUCUUGUCUCAGCAUUUGCUGGGGGCUUAGAAGAACCCUGCGAGGGGGCUGUCUGAGUAGCUGCCCUAGUCUUAGGCGCGGAAUUUUUACCACGAGCCCAUUUGUUACCUGGGUAGCGGGUACAAGAUUUAUAUGAAGCAGGAUGGUCUCCACCGCAGUUGCAGGAAGUGGCAGAUACAUCUAAGCCUUUGGUACACUCACGUGCCCAAUGGGUCCAGAGCAUCUGACACAACGGAUUGGAAGAGCGCAGAGUUCCGAAAAAUGGAAAAAGCCCUGGCACCGAAAGCACUGAUUAGCAGGGUGUCUCUCGUAGAGUGCGGACGCAUGACAAUGAGCUCCCCACAAGCCACCUGCAGCGACGCGACGCCGGAAAUCAUGGCCGGCAACCCCUCCGAAGCAAGCGCCGAGAUGGAUACAUCGACGUCUACAGACAUCGACGUCCCUGUCUCUGACACCAAUCUUGACCAUCAGAUGAAUCCGGACGACCUCCUGAUCCAGAUCAAACAGCUGUACUUACUCAAGGCCCGUUUUACUGACCUAGAACAGAAUCUAUCCAGAGCGAGGAGAUCAACACCGCUGGCAAGUUUGACCUCAAGUGCGUGCAACAAGAAUCUAAGGUGUAAACAGAAUUCGUAAGAUUUCUCUACAGUUGUGUCACAUUUUUGCUCACACUGCGUGUUUCCCUUUGUAAGACCGCAUGUUUCCCUUGCUGUCCUAACCUUUCUCGAUACAGAGCGUGUUUCACUGUUGUUCUAGACAGCACAUUCUCCAGAUCUCUCUCCAACUGAGGCCAUCUAGACAUGGUGAUUUUAACUUAAAACAAAAUUCAACAUUACAUUGUCGCUUUUUUUUUUUUUUUAAGAAAAAUUUGUAUGCCUUUGAAGCAAACGUUAUACAAGUGUUUCUUCUUCAACAAGUAAAAGCAUUUCUUGUUACAUUCUAACAUAAAAAAUAAGUAGCAUGUAUCGAAUCCUGCCUCAAUGUAUAAAGCUUUUCUUUAAAGCAGAUGCUAAUUUAUGUUUGAAAUUAGUUUACGUUUCAGUUUAAGUUGACAAGCUUCUUUAAUAUCUAAAAUAUGAUCCUGUUAUUUGGUUUCUUUGUUGUAAUUUUAGUUCCCAGAUUGCUUGCUAAAAGGCGGAUUGUACCUCAGCAUAAAAAAAAAUUGACGCCCUA